AUGUCAGGUCCAGGCUACAAGUGUGCUACCUGCCACCGACUCUUCUCAAGCAAAAAUCACCUACGACGACACGAGUCGUCACAUACUUCCCAGUCUCCGAGAAGGUGUGAAUUUUGUGAUCGCAAAUAUUCAAGGAACGACGCACUCAGGAGGCAUUAUAAGAGCUGCCCCAGGAUUGGAGCCCAGCCCAAGCCCGGGCCUGCUCGGCCCGGCCGUCGACGCAAGGCAUGCGAUAGUUGCGCCGAACAACGAAUCAAUUGCGAUGGAGGCCUUUCUUGCAGUGCUUGCCAAGCUAAUGGGAUUUCUUGUACUUAUCAACGUCUUCACACCCUUCCGCAGGAGUCCCGUGAGCUUUUGUUAGCCCCUGGCAUGUCAACUCGUCGCCAAAGCUUGCGCAGUGCAACCAACCCAGACGAGCGAAGUCCGGAGAAGACGUCUUUACCAUUUCUGCUAAAUUAUUCUGCACCGGGGAACCACAGCUCCGGAGAUGUCAAUCGCGUUCUCUCUCUGUUCUCGACUGCGGAAUCCGUUGAUGAAAGUCUGGACUCUGCCCUACCAAGCCUUGGCGUCGAAGCUGAUCAGGCUCAUCUCUUCUUCGGGGAUUCUUGGAACAUGUUCUUUGGUUCUUUCAAGAUUGAUGGACAAACUCAAAGCUCACCACUACCACUAGGGCUGGAAGACCUAGAUCAACGCCAGAUAGCCUCUUCCAGAAUGGUUGAUUGCAUUAUCAGAUCGAGAGCUAUGAAUGGCAAGUAUGAAGCAGCCCCUAGCCCUGAUAACGCGCAGGAAUUCUUCGCAGAGCACAAGGUGGGUGACUACAUUGAAGCGUACUUCGAGCGAAUAGUGCGCCCACGGUCUCGCAUCGUCUUGAAAUCUACCUUCAACUUGGAGACCGUCUCCACUCCAUUGCUACUGUCCAUGUUUUUGAUGGGCGCGGACUGCGAUACAUCCGACGGUGUCAAAUUGCGAGCCAUUGAAUAUGCCGAAAUUGUAGAAAAGGUGGUCUUUGAAUGCGCGGACUUCCAACGACUAAUGUACAGAAAGCAAGAAACCGGCGGGGUCUCGUUGGAGGCGAAUGAAAUUGAGUUGAUCCAAGCUGCGAUCCUCAUACUCUUGAUUCAAUUAUCAAGUCCCAACGCUGCAACACGCCGUCGGACUCGAAUUCAGCGGUAUCCAGCUCUGGUAUCAGUCGCUCGAGUGGCAUCCUUAACUCAGACUAAGAAUUUCUGGCAUGACAAUAGCAGGCCAUUUCGCCAUGAUGAGUUUCUCAAAAAUGAGACCUGUAUUAGGUCUGUCCACUUUACUUGA